GCAGUCUUCCCCCGUCAUCUACAACAGACAAGAUGGCGAUGAAGGGGUUCGGGAGGAUGGUGAACGGAGCCAUGGGUGACAUAACGAGCUCGGGGAGCCGCGAGCACGUUCAGGCGGUCAGCAGGGACUACAUGUCGCAGCCAAGGCUUACUUACAAAACUGUGUCUGGUGUUAAUGGGCCGUUGGUAAUCCUGGAUCAAGUCAAGUUUCCCAGGUAUGCUGAGAUUGUGCAUCUGACACUCCCAGAUGGCACCAGGCGCAGUGGGCAGGUACUGGAAGUCAGUGGCUCGAAGGCAGUGGUUCAGGUGUUUGAAGGAACCUCUGGUAUUGAUGCAAAGAAAACGAGUUGUGAAUUCACCGGAGACAUCCUGCGGACCCCAGUGUCUGAAGAUAUGCUUGGUCGUGUAUUCAAUGGAUCUGGAAAGCCAAUCGACCGAGGUCCCACUGUCCUUGCUGAGGACUACUUGGACAUUAUGGGUCAGCCCAUAAAUCCUCAAUGUCGCAUCUAUCCUGAGGAGAUGAUUCAGACUGGGAUUUCUGCUAUUGAUGGCAUGAACAGCAUUGCUCGAGGACAGAAAAUUCCCAUCUUCUCAGCAGCUGGUUUACCACACAAUGAGAUUGCUGCCCAGAUUUGUCGUCAAGCUGGUCUUGUAAGGAAAUCCAAAGAUGUUCUGGAUUACAGUGAAGAGAACUUUGCCAUUGUGUUUGCUGCAAUGGGUGUAAACAUGGAAACUGCCAGAUUCUUCAAGUCGGACUUUGAGGAGAAUGGUUCAAUGGAUAAUGUGUGUCUGUUCCUGAAUCUGGCUAACGACCCAACCAUUGAGCGUAUUAUCACUCCUCGCCUUGCACUUACAACCGCAGAGUUCCUUGCAUACCAAUGUGAGAAGCACGUGCUGGUUAUUCUGACCGACAUGAGCUCGUAUGCAGAGGCACUUCGAGAGGUCUCAGCAGCUCGAGAGGAAGUGCCUGGUCGUCGUGGCUUCCCUGGUUACAUGUAUACUGAUUUGGCCACCAUUUAUGAGAGAGCUGGGCGUGUAGAAGGCAGGAAUGGUUCCAUCACACAGAUCCCCAUCCUGACCAUGCCGAAUGAUGACAUCACUCAUCCCAUUCCUGAUCUGACUGGCUACAUCACUGAGGGACAGAUCUAUGUUGAUCGACAGUUGCACAACAGACAGAUCUAUCCUCCAAUUAAUGUGCUUCCCUCACUGUCACGAUUGAUGAAGUCGGCUAUUGGAGAGGGUAUGACACGCAAGGAUCAUGCAGAUGUUUCCAACCAGCUGUACGCAUGCUAUGCUAUUGGUAAGGAUGUCCAGGCUAUGAAAGCUGUGGUUGGAGAGGAAGCUCUUACUGCUGAUGAUCUACUGUUUCUGGAAUUCUUACAGAAAUUUGAGAAGAACUUCAUAGCUCAGGGAGCUUAUGAAAACCGCACUGUGUAUGAGACCCUGGACAUCGGCUGGCAAUUAUUACGUAUCUUCCCCAAGGAGAUGCUAAAGCGAAUCCCACAGAGCAUCCUGGCUGAGUUCUACCCAAGGGACUCUGGCGCAAAGCAUUAACUCAUCGCUGUCCGCAUUCGUGUAUUCUUUAUUUUGUCAAGUGACCUAUUUAUUUUCAGUGGUUAAACUUCUUGAGAAGUUGUAUUUAAGCAAAGCAAACAUUUGUGACUCUUCUGGUGUUUAUUUUGAGAUCUUUCAGCCUGAGUAGGAUUCGAAGCACCUGUCUUAUCGGUGUCUUCGGGUCGUGCAGGCCUGUGACCCAGGCAGGCAUUUUGUGCACAGCACAAAUUGGGGUUUGUGAAGGUUUCAGAGAGGCUUUCUUGCAAGUAAUUGGACGUUGCCAUUGUUCUUUCAAGUGUGUGAAAGGUGCUGAACUGAUUGCCUAUGUGUUAUAGGCAGCUAAUGACUAUCACUGAUGAUUCAUGAGUAUCAUCUUAGUUAUUAUUAGUUAUUAGUUAACAAAUGAUCAUAGAUUGGUGAAAAUAUCCAGUGAACAAUAAAAACAUUUUAAACAUGCUGUUUUACAAAAUAACAUUCUGAAAUGACAAAUUUGGUUUCUCUGUACUCAUGCUCAGAAAUGUGGCAUUCUCCAACUCACUCAUUGGUUUCUGGGAUGGUGCUCAAAUUACUUCAUAGAUUUUUGAAGGUGUUUUAACUGUUUACUUCACAAGAAACCUUUACAUUUUCAUACUGUCAAGUUGGGCAUAAAUCGGAAAAGACUUGCUGUUGCACGACUAGAGUCCACUUUGGAGCAGAGAUGAGACAACUUCCUAACUUCACGAAAGACUACAGAUUGUGGAAUGUUUCAGUUGGUGCAUUUCUCAGCAAAUGAUUGGUGGGUUGCUAGAGUAAAAUAGUACCUGCUGGUGAUUAUGUUGGGCCAGUCAGCAUGCGCAGCUAGUAUUUUUUACGUAUUGCCAUAAGCAUGAUUCUUUAAGCCAAUGGUACUAAUACCAAAAGUAGAAUAGACUUGUCAGCACUUAAAAUUUGCAGCUUGUUGUAGUCCUUUGACUUUUUGGGAGUUUACAUAUUCGUUUCUCAUUUGUAUAAGGAUAGGUUUUGUAAAAUGUCAUGUGGCUUGAGGGUAAAGAUUUUCCAUUCCAUCUGGAGGUUCAGUUCCAUCCUUUCUUUGUCUGGACCAGUCUGAGUUAGGUUCUCUUGUGUUUGGACUCAAGUCAGUUGAAGAUGGAUCAACCUAAUUGGAAUGUAGUGUGAUCUAUUUAUCUUAUAUAUUGGUAAUAUAUUUAUCUUAAUGUAUUGGUACAUAGCGUGGAAAAUACAGGCAUUUUGUAUUGCGUUCUGCAUGAAAUCUGUAAGCAUUUUUUUCCAAUGUGCAGUGUCAUGGCUAAUGACUUUGCUUUUAAUUGAGUUUUUCCUCAGCUUAGACUGCCUGAAUAUCGCUUGUGGACUAAUAUCCAUUGUAUUAAAGCCCUUCUGAGUACAGAAAAGGCGAGUUCUGGUCUUACCUGACUCUUUCUCAUGCAGCGUUUUUCAUUGUACUUCCCCUGCAUUGGCUUCAUGAGAUGUAUAAAUUGUUUAGUUGUUAGGUGUUGUAUGUAAACUCACUUUUGAUAAACUGUGUUAUAUUCCAAGCAUUCCAUAAAUUCUGAUAUGUGUAUAAAGGAGCCUUUGGUUUGAAACUGAAAAUACUGGGAGAUCUUAAAUGUUAGCAAUUAUAAAUAAAUGUUAAUAGAACAAUGA